UACAUAAGAAAAAAAUAAAAUAAUUUCCUCAAAAUCCCCCACAUGGCCAGCUACCCUAGAGAAUAGAAAAUUAUACAUCUUUUCAAACAUAAUCCAUGAAUUCAUGGAAAAAGCUUGCUAGUACCCCCAGAACAUGGAACUAUGCUUCCACCCUAGGUUCAAUCCUAACCAAGGCCUAACUAGAUCAUGAUUAAUUGCAUAAUUAAGACCUCUAAUCAUUCACUAUUCCAUUAAGUUCCAAGUAAAUCCAAAAAAACCAAUCCAUUUUCAACCAAUGCGUACUUUAGACCUUUUACACCAAUUUUAGUAUAUAUACAACCUCUCCCUUAGCAUUUUGCACACAAGAAAACAUACACAAACACCUCUUUUGGCUGAGAGGAAGAGAGGGCAAGAGAGUGAGCUUGGUGGAGGAAAGGAAAGGAAUAGAAAGUCUUGUUAGCUAACCAACCAAGCCUCAAGUAUCGUGAAAAAUGUUCUUGUAUUAGAGAUCAUACACUUUCACUAGCUAAACGCCCCCUACUCCACCUAAUAGUCAUGUCCAUGAAGAGGCUUUGCAUUGCUUCCCUUUUGGGAGCUCUGGUAGUGCACUCAUGCAUGUUUGAGUUGGCCAAUUGUGCCUCAAACUACACUGAUCAAUUGGCUCUCCUAGCCUUCAAGUCCUCAAUCAACUUUGAUCCUAACAAUGUUUUGAGCAAUUGGACCAAAGAAACCAACUUCUGUGAUUGGGUUGGGAUCUUAUGUAGCCGACGAAGGCAAAGAGUCACAAGUUUGCGCCUUCUCAACAUGGGUCUCCAAGGCACCAUAUCUCCUCAUAUUGGAAACCUUUCCUUCCUUCAAGUGUUCAUUAUUCACAACAACAGCUUUCAUGGUCAUCUGCCAAAUGAAUUUGAAUGUUUGCGUCGGUUGAAAAAACUCAUAGUACAACACAACAUGUUGGAAGGAAGCAUCCCUGUGGGGUUACACCGGUGUCAGAAUCUUCAAGUUAUAUCUCUUUCAGCAAAUAAUUUUAGUGGCGACAUACCAAAAGAGUUGAGUACACUACCCUUUCUGCGUAUUCUGUUUCUCGGGCGAAACAAUAACCUACAAGGUACCAUUCCACCUUUCUUUGGCAACACUACUAGCUUAGAAUACUUUGGAGUAGAAUUUAACAACAUUUAUGGAAACAUUCCAAUAGAACUAUCACUACUUCCAAAUCUAAGUGGAUUAUACUGUCAAGCCAAUAAUCUCACGGGUUCAAUACCUCGUGCAAUUUUUAACAAGUCUUCAAUGACUGAAAUUAACUUCAAUAUGAAUGCCUUUUCGGGAAAUCUUCCAACCACUACAAGGAUAUGGCUUCCUAAUCUCGAAACCCUUGGAUUAGAAUGCAAUCAAUUAGUUGGAGAAAUCCCUUUAUAUUUGUCCAAUUCUUCUAAGCUUACUUGGUUAUUUCUAGAUGGUAACUUAUUUACUGGACCAAUACCCAAAAGUUUAGGCAAUCUAAAACUCAUUGAAAAGCUGGACUUGGGAGACAAUCAACUGACAACUGAACCAGGAAGUACCCAACUUAGUUUUAUCACAGCUUUGACAAACUGCACUUCCUUGCAACAACUGGUCGUAGGAGAAAAUAAAUUUAGUGGCACAAUACCCAAUUCUAUUGGAAAUUUUUCGAUGUCCUUGCAAGUGCUUGAUGUAUCCGAAUGCCAAUUAAUGGGUCAAAUUCCUAAAGAGAUUGGUUCUUUGAGAAAUUUGUAUGAACUUUUGUUAGCGGGAAACAAUCUGAAUGGGAACAACCCUUCAACUAUUGGAGGAAUAGAGAGACUUCAAAGUUUAGAUCUGAGUGCUAACAACUUUCACGGAUCGAUUCCAAGUGAGAUUUGCCUUUUGAGAAACUUGUUUGAAAUUUAUCUCCAGGCGAAUAAGCUUUUUGGAUCGAUUCCGAGUUGCAUAACAAAGCUUAGUAGUUUGCAAGUGAUGGACAUUAGUUCCAAUAAACUGACUUUAAUACCGUCAAGUUUAUGGAACUUUGAAAAUCUAAGGCUUUUGAAUUUAUCAUUCAAUUCAUUAAAUGGAAGCCUAGAACCACACAAUGCCCUUAAAGCAUUGGAAAACAUGGAUUUAUCUUGGAAUCGAAUGUCGGGAAACAUUCCAAGAAUUAUUGGGGCCUUCGAAAGACUAACUUCUCUAAACCUUUCAAGGAAUUCAUUCUCAGGACCCAUUCCGAACUCAAUAGGAAAUUUGGUAGCAUUAGAUUUUUUUGGAUCUUUCUCUCAAUAAUUUGUCUGGACCAAUACCCAAGUCUCUCGAGGCACUUUCACAUCUCAAAUUCUUAAAUUUAUCUUGCAAUAAGCUAUCAGGGGAGAUUCCAAGCAAAGGACCAUUCACAAAUCUCACAGUACUUUCUUUCAUAGGGAAUGAAGAACGUUGUGGCAACUCGAUUUUGCAAGUACGACCUUGCCCACACCAAAGUUCCCAAAGGUUGAGGACAAAAGAUGUUCUGCUUCGAUACAUUGUUCCCGCCAUUGCAUUGCUGGUAAUAUUUUCUUCUCUUCU